UGCAGCACACACGGUACACGGUUCCUACCAGUUUUCUCCAGUCAUUCGAACCCUCGACAGUACUUAUAUUUUAUUGGCUUAAUAAUAAAUCAUAAUAAAUAUUUUAUUUUGCUGUUUAAAAGUAAAAUUGUGCUAGUUUUUAUUUUACCGGUAAAAAAAAAGGUAUUGAACCAACAAAAAUGAUUAAUAAAUUGGGUAUAUUGAUUGGUAUUGUGAUGAUGCAGCAGCAUAUUGAAGUAAAUGCCUGGGGGGGUUUAUUUAAUCGCUUUACUCCAGAGAUGUUAUCUAAUCUCGGUUACGGUGGUCAUUCGGGUGGAUACAAACCUUCGUAUAUGCAGCGACCGCUAACAGGAAAUUAUGCGAACAAUUUUGCGGAAGGAUUGGAAACUAUUGAUGAUCCUUGUGAAGAUAGAAGAUGCGUUUCAAAUGAAUAUUGUUGUUCAGGUCAAAUUUGCAUCUUUGAUCGAGAUAACGAAGGAUUUUGUGUGUACCCGUUCGGGUUAAAACAAGGAGAAUUAUGCCGAAGAGACAGUGACUGUGAAACAGGUCUCAUGUGUACUGAUGUCAUCGGAGCUGAUACUAGGUCCUGCCAACCCCCAAUUACUUCUAAUAAACAAUACAGUGAAGAAUGCACCAUUUCAAGCGAAUGUGACAUUACCCGAGGUCUUUGCUGUCAAGUUCAACGUCGUCAUCGUCAGUCAACCCGAAAGGUCUGCUCGUACUUCAAAGACCCUCUGGUUUGCAUUGGCCCCGUGGCUACCGAUCAAAUAAAGUCCGUAGUACAGUACACGUCAGGGGAAAAGCGAAUUACUGGACAAAAUAAUAGAAUUCUCUUCAAACGCGGUUUAUUCAUAUAAUUAAACAAUUAAAUAUUUAAUACUUUUUUCGCUUAAAAUUUUUAAAAAAUUUCUCGGAUAUUUAUUUGAAAAAAGGGAAAAAAAUUAUUAAUCUAGUCAUUCAGUUUUAAAAAUUUGAAUUUUAUUUUAAAAAUAGAAAUUAAGCUAAAAGGAUGUGCGACUUCCAUAAAAUAUCCUUCCUGAUUAUUGCGACUGAAUAAUAAAAGACAUAUCAAGUUA